ACACACGCAACAGUCAACCAGCUGACAGUAGAGAGGCCAUUCGGUUCCUUUUGUUGUCUACAACCAUCCUGAGACCCUUUCUGGGUGAACAAAAAAGCCAGCAGCUGAAAGAGAAAGAGAACUAGAGAGAGAGAAAGAGACCUAGAGAGAGAGAGAUGGAGAACUAGAGAGAGAGACAGAGAACUAGAGAGAGAGAAAGAGACCUAGAGAGAGACAGAGAACUAGAGAGAGAGAGAAAGAGAAUUAGAGAGAGACGGAGAACUAGAGAGAGAGAGACGGAGAACUAGAGAGAGAGACAGAGAACUAGAGAGAGACAGAGAACUAGAGAGAGAGAGAGAGAAAGAGAACUAGAGAGAGAGAGACGGAGAACUAGAGAGAGAGAGACAGAGAACUGUACCUUCAUUGGGUGAGGAAGACUUCACUAUCCAGCCGUUUGCCAUGAGAUUCCCCAAGCUGCCCAACCCAGGUCUGGAUGACCGGAUCCCAUCUCAUAAGGAGCUGGAGAGGAUGGAGAAAGAGGAGGCUGGGGACAGGCCCAAAUGGGACAACAAGACCCAGUACAUGCUGACCUGUGUGGGCUUCUGUGUGGGGCUGGGGAACGUGUGGAGGUUCCCUUACCUGUGUCAGAGCCAUGGAGGAGGAGCGUUUAUGAUCCCGUUCCUGAUCCUGCUGGUUCUGGAGGGGAUUCCACUGCUGCACCUGGAGUUUGCCAUCGGACAGCGCCUCAGGAGCGGCAGUGUCGGGGUGUGGGGCUCCAUCAACCCUUACCUCACUGGCAUUGGUAUUGCGUCCAUGUUGGUAUCAUUCCUGGUUGGGAUGUACUACAACACCAUCAUGGCCUGGAUCAUGUGGUACCUCUUCAACUCCUUCCAGGACCCCUUGCCUUGGAGUCAGUGUCCCCUCAAUGCAAACAAGACAGGUCUGGUGUCAGAAUGCGCACGGAGCUCCUCAGUGGAUUACUUCUGGUACAGAGAGACACUGAACACCUCUACGGCCAUAGAUUUAUCUGGAGGGCUUCAGUGGUGGAUGGUGCUAGCCCUGGUGUCUGCCUGGACAUUACUCUAUGUCUGCUGUAUCAGGGGGAUUGAGACUACUGGCAAGGCUGUGUACAUAACAUCCACUCUGCCCUACUUGGUGCUCACCAUCUUCCUGAUCAGAGGACUAACUCUCAAAGGUUCUCUGGAUGGAGUCAAGUUCCUCUUCACACCUGAUGUGAAUGAGUUGAUGAACCCGUCUACCUGGCUGGAUGCAGGGGCACAGGUGUUCUACUCCUUCUCCUUGGCCUUCGGAGGUCUCAUCUCAUUCUCCAGCUACAACUCUGUACACAACAACUGUGAACAGGAUGCUGUCAUCAUCUCCAUCAUCAACGGAGCCACCUCCGUCUACUCCGCUACAGUCAUCUACUCCAUCAUAGGCUUCAGGGCCACGGAGAAGUUUGACGACUGCUUGGAUGGUAACAUCAUGGCCCUUGUGAAUGCAUUUGAUCUCCCUGAGCACUCCUUCACUGUUGACAACUAUGAGGAAGUUCUUCAACAUUACAACAGCACAUCGCCAGACAUCAUCCAGGGAUUAAACCUGAAGACCUGUGAUCUACAGCAGAUUCUCAGUCAGGGUGUGGAGGGAACUGGUCUGGCCUUCAUCGUGUUCACAGAAGCCAUCACCAAGAUGCCUGUCUCUCCUCUCUGGUCCAUCCUGUUCUUCAUCAUGCUCUUCUGUCUGGGACUGUCCACCAUGUUUGGGAACAUAGAGGGGGUCGUGGUGCCCCUUCAGGAUCUCAAAAUCUUCCCCAAUUGGCCCAAAGAAGUCUUAACAGGCGUCACUUGUAUCGUUUGCUUCACGGUCGCUCUCAUAUUCACCCAGCGGUCUGGUAACUACUGGCUGGCUCUGUUCGACAGCUUUGCCGGCUCCAUCCCUCUCCUAGUCAUCGCCUUCUGUGAAAUGUUGUCUGUUGUUUACAUCUACGGGAUAGACAGGUUUAACGCAGACAUAGAGUUCAUGAUUGGACACAAGCCCAACCUGUUCUGGCAGGUGACCUGGAGGUUCGUCAGUCCAGUCAUCAUGCUGGUGAUUUUCAUCUUCUACUUGGUCACCCAGGUCAGCGGGGAGCUGACCUACCUCGUAUGGGACCAGGACGCGGAGGAGUUCCCUACUCUGGCAGACCGUCAGUAUCCCGACUGGAUCUACUUCAUCAUAUUUAUUUUGGCUGGCAUUCCCAGUCUGGCUGUCCCUGGAGUCGCCAUAUUCAAAUUCACCUACAACCGCUGCUGCCAGAAAGACAACGGCUUCAGAGAAGACACCAUCAACUCUGUCUCUGCUCAAAUACAGAUGAUGGACUAAAAGUAACAGGUUCACCCUCAGUUCUGGAUUUCAAAGAAAAGUUGUUUUUACCUUGUCAGCUCGGGGGAUUCGUCCCCGAGGCCGGUGUCGGCACACUGCUGGAGCCGCGUGUCUCUUUACACACCUGUUUCCCAUCUCAUAAUUAUGUUCCUUAUGUAACCCUCUGGUUUCCCUUUCUGUUUUGUGGGUGAUUGUCUUUCGUGUAUUCCGGUGUGUUGUAUGUUGAGUCCUGUUUUGUGGGUGAUUGUCUUUCGUGUAUUCCGGUGUGUUGUAUGUUGAGUCCUGUUUUGUCCUUU